CAAGAAGUAUGACCAGGACAGCCAGGUACAGAACGCCGAGAGCAUGUCGGAGUCCACCGCCGAGUCUAUGGAGAAGUCGGCCAACCCGGUCGUCGACCUGUUCCCGGACGAGGGCGACGAGCGGGGCGGCAUGUCGCCCACGCCGCCCUCCCAGUUCGCGCAGCAGGUCAACGCCGGCUACGAGAUCCCAGCCCGGCUGCGCACGCUCCACAACCUGGUCAUCCAGUACGCCUCGCAGGGCAGGUACGAGGUGGCGGUGCCGCUGUGUAAGCAGGCGCUGGAGGACCUGGAGAAGACCAGCGGUCACGACCACCCGGACGUGGCCACCAUGCUCAACAUCCUGGCGCUGGUCUACAGAGAUCAAAACAAAUACAAGGAGGCGGCCAACCUGCUGAACGACGCCCUGGCUAUCCGCGAGAAGACGCUGGGGGAGGAUCACCCCGCGGUGGCCGCCACGCUGAACAACCUGGCGGUGCUGUACGGCAAGCGAGGCAAGUACAAGGAUGCCGAGCCGCUCUGUAAGCGGGCGCUGGAGAUCCGAGAGAAGGUACUGGGACGCGACCACCCGGACGUGGCCAAGCAGCUCAACAACCUGGCACUGCUCUGCCAGAACCAGGGCAAGUACGAGGAGGUGGAGCGCUACUACCAGCGCGCGCUGGAGAUAUACGAGACCAAACUGGGACCGGACGACUCUAACGUGGCCAAGACCAAGAACAACCUGGCAUCGGCCUACCUCAAGCAGGGCAAAUACAAGGAGGCGGAGGUGCUCUACAAGGAGGUGCUGGACCGGGCGCACGUGCAGGAGUUCGGCUCUAUCGGAGGCGACAGCAAGCCGAUUUGGCAGGUGGCUGAGGAGCGCGAGGAGAACAAGAGCAAGAACAAGGACAACGCUCCGUACGGCGAGUACGGCGGCUGGCACAAGGCGGCCAAGGUGGACUCGCCCACUGUAACCACCACCCUCAAGAACUUGGGCGCUCUGUAUCGACGCCAGGGCAAGUACGAGGCGGCUGAGACGCUGGAGGACUGCGCCAUGAGGUCACGCAAGGAGUACGGCCUCGACCUGGUGAAGCAGGGCCGCGUGCACCAGCUGCUGAGCGGCGGCGGGGCGGCCGGCGAGGCGGCCGGCGGGCGGCGCCGCUCCGGCCGACACGCCAGCCGCGAGAGCCUCGACGCCGUCCACCACGAGCCCGCCGACGAGCAUGAAAAGGGCAAAGUCAAUGUCCGUUCUUAGUAACGCGGAGACUAGCGAGCCGCGCCCCCCUUCUUGUGGCUUCGCUCGGACCACCAGCACUGAGCACAUCAGAACCACCACGUCGUAAGCUUCGCUGGCCGGCCGCCAGGGUGCCGGCGCCCAGCGGCGGGCGUGCUCUGGCCGUCACAGAGAGACGCUGUCGCUGCGCCGUUGGCCGCCGCCGCCGACACCCCCGCACGCGCGACUGCCUGCGCUAGCGGCGCGUGCUUCGAUUCUGAACUGUGAUGUCUGCUCGGCGUGCGGGAUGGCGUGGCGGUUUGGUCGGUCGUUUUGGGCUGCCGUUCGGCGCGCCGGCUUGGCGGCGGGCGACCACGACCCGGUGCCUCCUGUUUAUCUCGCGUGGCGGCCGGUCGCGCUGUUGUUUUCUUGGUUUGCGAAUGGCCGGGAGGGCGUGCGGUGAGCGGGGACGCGUGCCGGUCAGCGCCAACAUUCCUCGUUUCCCUGGUUUGGUCGGGUCGGUGCCCGCCCGGCGCGGCUGCCCGCGCCGGGCGGGCAUGUCAGCUUUAACCUGGCGUAGUGAUAUAGCGGGCGUCGGCCAGCCUGCCGCGGCUCCUGGUUUGGGCGGGGCUCGUCCGGCGCCGCCGACCGCCGCCGCCGGCACUGUUCGC